UGUGAAAAAUAAAGAACAGUAGUGAUAAUCAUGAGCUGCCUAUAAACAGUGAGAGAUUCUCUCCCAUAAGCUAAACCCAUUUAAACACCGGUGACCAAAGAGCUUUGAGUAAGAAUUAGAAACAAUGGAGAUGGAGAAAAAGGAAAAGCAUAUGGAAAGGAAGAAAGGUGGCCUUAUUACUAUGCCAUUCAUAUUCGCAAAUGAGAUUUGCGAGAAGAUUGCUGUGGUUGGUUUUAAUACCAACAUGAUUAGCUAUUUGACAAAGCAACUCCAUAUGCCUUCAACUAAAGCAGCCAAUACCAUCACUAAUUUCAGUGGAACCGCCAGCUUGACACCUCUCAUCGGAGCUUUCAUCGCCGAUUCUUACGUCGGCCGUUUCUGGACCAUCACCGUCGCCUCUAUCCUUUACCAGAUUGGAAUGGUAAGCCUAACAACAUCAGCAGUGGUGCCGGGGCUGAGGCCACCACCAUGCAAGGCCGGAGAAAUAUGCAAGGAAGCCACCGGAGGACAACUAGGAAUACUAUACGUAUCUCUACUGUUGACAGCGCUUGGGUCCGGGGGAAUCCGACCGUGCGUGGUGUCGUUCGGAGCAGACCAAUUCGAGGAGGGGGAUCCGAAACGUGGGACAAAGACCUACAAAUACUUCAAUUGGUAUUAUUUCGCGAUGGGGGCGUCGAUGCUGGUGGCGGUGACGGUGCUUGUGUACGUGCAAGAUAACAUCGGGUGGGGAUGGGGAUUUGGAAUCCCUACCAUUGCAAUGUUGGUGUCCAUUAUUACAUUUGUUGUGGGGUAUCCCAUUUACAGGCAUUUGGACCCGUCGGGUAGCCCGUUUACCCGUUUAUUGCAAGUAGGAGUUGCGGCUUACAAGAAGAGGAAAGUUUGUAUUGUCUCUGAUUCCAAUUUGCUUUAUCAGAAUCGUGAUAUCGAUGACCCUAUUUCUCGAGAUGGCAACCUUCUUCAUACUAAGCAUAUGAGAUUUCUAGACAAGGCAGCCAUAGUGACAGAAGAAGAGAAGGUAAAAAUGGGAGAAGAAUUAGGAAAACCCAAUCUAUGGAAACUAAGCACAGUCCAUAGAGUAGAAGAGCUAAAAUCCGUAAUCAGAAUGGGUCCAAUCUGGGCCUCAGGAAUCAUCUUAAUCACAGCAUAUUCUCAACAAUACACAUUUUCUCUCCUUCAAGCUUCAACAAUGAACAGACACUUAACAAACUCAUUCCAAAUCCCAGCUGGUUCCAUGACUGUCUUUACCUUGCUCACAAUGCUUAUCACCGUUGCCUUAUACGAUCGUGUCUUCAUCCCCAUCGCCCGUAGGUUCACUGGCCUCGACCGUGGCAUUACCUUCCUCACUCGCAUGGGCAUCGGCCUUGUCAUCUCCAUCUUCGCCACACUCAUAGCCGGCUUUGUCGAGCAAAAGCGGAAGCACGUUGCUUUCACUCAUGGGCUCAUAGAUCACCCUACUUCCAUCAUCCCCAUCUCGGUGUUCUGGCUCGUCCCACAGUAUAGCCUGCAUGGGAUGGCGGAGGCGUUCAUGUCGAUUGGGCAUCUUGAAUUCUUCUAUGAUCAGAGUCCUGAGAGUAUGAGGAGCACCGCCAUGGCUUUGUUUUGGACUUCAAUUUCAGCUGGGAAUUAUUUGAGUACUCUGUUGGUCAGUUUGGUUCAUAAGUAUAGUAGUGGAGCUAAUGGGGAAAAUUGGAUUAGGAAUGAUAAUAUUAGUAAGGGGAAGUUGGAGAACUUUUAUUGGUUGGUUACUGGUUUACAAGUUCUAAAUCUUGCUUAUUACAUUGUUUGUGCUAAGUUUUAUACUUUUAAGCCUUUGGAGGUUCAGAGGAAAGUUGUGGAUAGCUCUAAGGUGGAUGAACUUCAACUUGUCAACCCUGUUUAGAUUUCACUUUUUUACCAAUCAUAUAUAUAUAUAUACACUUAUUAUCGCUACUUCAUAUUCAAUGAUAUAAUAAUUAAUUGAGAAUG